UUACUGAUCCCGGCUACUGCAUGUAUUGUGCUUCAGUCUCAUUCGACUAUGUCACCAAUGCGCGAGUACUUGCGUGAUUCCAGCGGCGAUUCCGGAUCCGAGUCCGAUAAUGCGUCCGCGUCUUCGAGAUCGAGCCGCAGCGGCAGCCGGGCGUCGCAAGCUCCGUUGCCCAGCAAUGCUCGAAGCGAGCGUUCCGAGGACGAGAAUGGGGCGCCAGCUUCACCCGCAUCAAACGCCAGCGGUGCGUCCAGAUCCACGAAUCAGACGGUCGAAUCGAACAAACUCGACGGUCGUAGGUCCGAAAGCCCGUCAGGAUCGCCAACAGGAUCGGGUUCGAGGCGGUCGAGCGUCGGUUCUGUGCAGAGUGAAAAAUCCGGCUCCCCGCGAUCGCGAAGCGGCUCACCCAAGUCGGUAGCCUCCAACAGUUCGUUGGACGGCGCGAAAGUGAACGCAAGAUCGCGAUCACGUGAAAGCGCGCGUUCCGCGAGUCCAAAAUCACCGGCCAGCUCAAGGUCGACGCGCUCGGAUGCGAGAUCGACGGAGGGAAAGUCCAAGCCUCCGGCCUCACCGAGGUCCAAUGCCUCUGGCUACGACUCGCCGAAAAGCCGCAGAUCCAGGAGUGUCUCCUCGCAGAAGAGCCGCAGAUCAAGAAGCGUCUCUUCGCAGAAGAGUCGCAGAUCCAGGAGUGGCUCCUCCGAGAGGAGCAACAAGUCUAGCGGUUCCGCGAGUCCGGGUGACAGACGUUCGAAUUCGUCCACAUCCUCGCGAAAGUUCAACAAGUCGGCGGAGAGAGCGGGUUCCGAAAAGUCGGAUGGCAAAAGAUCGGCUUCCAAGAGUCCCAAAAACGACAAGAGCGACGAUGAGUCGAAUAGGUCCUUCAAACAGACAGAUCGAAGUCCAAAAUCGGAUGAGAGCGACGAAGAGAAGCAGUCGAAACGUAAACGACAAACUAGCGAUUCCGGUUCAGACGCGGAAAAGACUCUUAAGCGAGUUAAACCGAUAAUAAACUCCGAUUCCGAAAAUGACGCGGCAGAGAAGAACAGCGCUGCUCCAACCGCGGAUGCGCUGUUCGGUGAUGCAAGUGAUAUUAGUACGGAUGACGAAAAGGACAAAAAGGAUGAGGAGAAGGAGAGAGAACGGAGCCGCAGUCGAAGCAGAAGCGGAAGCAAGAGUCGUAGCAGAAGCAGGAGUAGAAGCAGGAGCAGGAGCAGAAGUCACAGCCGCGACAGAUCCGAGAGUGGCGGAGAGGGUCCGAGCAACCGGAUCGUCGAGGAUGAGGAAGAUAAGGACAAGGAUGAGGAACCGGAACCACCUCCGGAAACUAGAAUCGACGUGGAAAUCCCGAAGAUUACUACCGACCUCGGCCGCGAGAUUCAUUUCGUGAAGCUGCCGAAUUUCUUGUCCGUCGAAACGAGGCCGUUCGAUCACGAGACCUACGAGGACGAGAUCGACGAGGAAGAGACCCUGGACGAGGAAGGUCGCGCGCGACUGAAGCUCAAGGUUGAGAAUACUCUCAGAUGGAAAGAAAUCUUCAGCGACGAGGGCAAGGUAGUGAAGGAGAGCAACGCUAGAUUCGUUAAGUGGUCAGACGGCAGUAUGUCGUUGCACCUGGGAUCGGAAAUCUUCGACGUGUACAAGCAGCCGUUGCAAGGCGACCACAAUCACCUCUACAUCCGUCAGGGUACCGGUCUACAGGGACAAGCAGUGUUUCGGACGAAACUAACUUUCCGACCGCACUCUACCGAAUCGUUUACGCACAGGAAGAUGACCAUGUCACUAGCCGACAGGUCGCAAAAGACUUCUGGUAUUAAAGUUCUUUCUCAAGUGGGAAUGAACCCGGAUCAGAACAGAUACGAGAUGAUAAAGAAAGAGGAGGAGAAACUACGCAUGGCCAUGCGAGUUCAGAACAAGACGAAGAAGAGCACGGGUGGUAUCAGAAAUACCAGUCGUAUCACAGGAGCGUACAGCGGCGACGCGUAUCACGACGAUGGCUCCGACGACGAGGGUGCGAUCUCACUAGCGGCUAUAAAGAAUAAGUACAAAAAAGGCGCGGCAAUUCCUUCUAAAGCGUCGAACAUUUAUUCUUCCGACGAGGAAGGGUCGGACAUCGAAACACAUAGGCCCAAGAAGAACAUUAAGGGAAAGGUGCUCAAAGACUCGGACGACGAGUCCAAUUCUGGAAGUUCUGCGGGGAGCGGCGGAGAUGACAAUCAAGCCGAUGCAAGCGAUUGAGAAGAGACAUACGUACUAUUUAGUGAACAGACGUCUUUUUAUGGUAACAUAAAGAGGAGAUAUACCAUUUUGCGUAUAAUUUGUUAUAAAUAGUUAAAUAUGUGGAUGGUACAUAACUUACUGAUGUAAAUAGAACGAUAAAUAAAUCUACAUUAUGC